CGUCUUCCUUCCUAUCUCCCCAGCGCCGCCGCCGCCUCCUCGCAUUCGCAGCACCGGCAAACCCUAACCCUCCUCGCAACCAUGGCCGGCGCGCAGGAGACCCUGGUGCUCGCCGGCGUGAUGCGCGGCCACAACGAUGUGGUGACGGCGAUCGCCGCGCCCAUCGACAACUCCCCCUUCAUCGUCUCGUCCUCCCGCGACAAGUCGUUGCUGGUCUGGGACCUGACCAACCCCGUCCACGUCGCCGGGGACGGCACUACCACCGCCGACUACGGCGUCCCAUUCCGCCGCCUCACCGGCCACUCCCACUUCGUCCAGGACGUCGUCCUCAGCUCCGACGGCCAGUUCGCGCUCUCGGGAUCCUGGGACGGCGAGCUCCGCCUCUGGGAUCUCUCCACGGGCCUCACCACCCGCCGCUUCGUUGGCCACGAGAAGGACGUCCUCUCCGUCGCCUUCUCCAUCGACAACCGCCAGAUCGUGUCCGCAUCCCGCGACAAAACCAUCAAGCUGUGGAACACACUCGGCGAGUGCAAGUACACCAUUGGCGGCGACCACGGCGCCAGCGAGGGCCACAGCGGCUGGGUCUCGUGCGUCCGCUUCUCGCCCAACACCAUCCAGCCUACGAUCGUAUCCGGCUCCUGGGACCGCAGUGUCAAGGUCUGGAACCUCACCAACUGCAAGCUCCGCAGCAAUCUCCAAGGUCACGGCGGCUACGUCAACGCCGUUGCUGUGAGCCCUGAUGGCUCUCUGUGCGCCUCCGGAGGGAAAGACAAUGUUACCCUGCUGUGGGACUUGACUGAGGGCAAGAGGCUGUACGCGUUGGACGCGGGCUCCAUCAUCCACUCGCUCUGCUUCUCGCCCAACCGCUACUGGCUCUGCGCAGCCACACAGGACUCCAUCAAGAUCUGGGAUCUUGAAUCGAAGCACAUUGUGCAGGACCUUAGGCCUGAGGUUUCCGCUGGCAAGAACCAGAUUCUGUACUGCACAAGCUUGAGCUGGAGCGCUGAUGGAAGCACCCUCUAUGCCGGUUACACAGAUGGAACCAUCCGGAUCUUUAAGAUCUCUGGAUUCAGCUACUCGGUCUAAAUUAUGAAUCUGUUUUGAUAGUCUUAUCCUGGGAAAUGGCUGUGGUAUCUUUAGCUUUUCUUUUCGACUGUUUGAAGGCAUAAUAUCUGCCCAAGUACUUCGGCUUAAUUUACUCUUUGUGUCAGUAGCUUCAGUCAUGAGAUCAUGGGUACUGCGGAAUAGGAUUUGGUUUGCACCAUGUUUUGGUUUUUGCCUCAAUUUUCCUGAAUCAUGCAAUAGAUGGUGCUACAGGAUGCAUUCAACCCGGUGAUA